AUGACGUUGUGGUGCCGGCAUGCUAAACCAGGAAGCAGCUGGUGCACGCCUCGAAGGACCAAUAGAACAGUGUGGAGCUAUGCCUGCUGUAUGCUUCUUGAGGACUUUUAUAACUUUCUUAGCAUAGUAUUUGCUGUGGAUGAAAUCAACCGUAACCCCAAUCUACUUCCCAAUGUGACUUUGGGGUACAAUGUAUAUGACUCUUACGUUGAUCUCUUUAGAACGAUCCAAGGUGCUGUUCGCAUCUAUUCAGGAAACACAAAGCAAUUUCCAAAUUAUAACUGUGAUAAAUAUGGUGUUUUAGCUGCUGUCGUUGAUGGGAUGGCCUCUUCAUUUUCUAUUCAGUAUUCUAAUAUAUUUGGAAUGUACAAGCAUCCACAGUUACACCGUUUCCUUAAAAAAGUCAAUUUUACAAACACAAUGGGCCAACAAAUUUAUUUUAACAAUGAUGAAAUAUCUAGCAGAUAUGAUAUUUAUAACGUGGUCUACUUACCGAACAGGACAAUCGUAUCAGAAAAUGUUGGAAGUUUUUAUUCCGACGCACCCCCAGGAAAACAAAUGGCUGUUAAUGAGAAAGCAAUUAUUUGGGAAAAUUCUUUUUCACAGACUCCAAGAUCUGUGUGCAGUGGAAAGUGCCCACCGGGAAAGAGAAAAUCAGUCUGGGAGGGGAAACCAGCUUGUUGCUAUGAUUGCUUGCCAUGCCCAGAAGGGGAGUUUUCCAAUGAGACAGAUGUGGAUGUGUGUAUAAAAUGUCCAGAAAACCAGUGGCCCAAUAAACAGAAGACAUCCUGCAGCCUGAUGGACAUAACAUUCCUGUCUCAUAGUGACCCAAUAGGAAUUACUCUGACAGUUAUAGCAAUAGUAUGUUUCUUUACCUCUGCCUGGGUCUUGGGAAUAUUUAUGAAGUAUCAGAACACCCCAAUUGUCAAAGCAAAUAACCGGGAUCUCAGCUACCUUGUACUGAUAUCACUAAUGUGCUCCUUCCUCUGCUGUCUGAUCUUCAUAGGCCGCCCAGAGCAACUGACUUGCUUCUUACAGCAAGCUAUUUUUGGAAUAACCUUUACAAUUUCAGUUUCUUCCCUUCUGGGCAAAACAUUUAUUGUUGUGGUGGCGUUUAAUGCGACCAAAGCAGGAAACAAUUUAAGAAAAUGGGUUGGUGCUAAAAUUCCCAAAUACAUUGUCAUAACUUGUUCAGCCAUUCAAGUGUGUAUCUGCCUCCUAUGGUUGGUUAUAUCACCCCCUUACUCAUACUAUAACAAGGAUUCUGAACCCGGAAUAAUUAUAGUUAAGUGCAAUGAAGGAUCAGUGACUGCCUUUUAUACAAUACUUGGAUAUCUGUGUCUAUUGGCUUCUGUGUGUUUUGUUGCAGCUUUUCUUGCUAGGAAAUUACCCGACACUUUUAAUGAUGCCAAGCUGAUUACUUUUAGUAUGUUGGUUUUCUUUAGUGUUUGGAUCUUUUUUAUUCUUACCUCCCACAGUGCCAAAGGCACAUCAACGGUGGCAGUGGAGGUAUUUGCUAUCCUUGCAUCUAGCUCUGGAUUAUUGGCAUGUAUGUUUGUCCCUAAAUGUUAUAUCAUCUUAAUAAAGCCUGAACAAAACAUGAAAAAGAAUAUGGUAAGAGGAUCUGCUGUCAAAUAAAGUGUCAAUGCAAUUAAUUAA